AGCUUCUGCUCUGCAAAGUUAGUCCAUACUGGCUUCGCCGUGAAGACCAUCAUGGAGUCCAAACUGUACCAGCCCCCUGCAGAGAUCCGGGGUAUGACCUUGUUGAACAAAGAUGCUUUCACGCAGACCAUUACAGUCCCGGCUCUACGGGUUCCCACCAGGGUUUUACAUAAAGUAGUGAAGAGCCUGAAAAAGUCCACCCUCAGGCUACCCGGAAUAUACAGUGUAGUUCAAGACAAAGAGGGAAGUGACGACUUUAAGUUACUUCUGCUGGAUCCUCACAGCGUGCUGUCAGCAAGCUCCUUCAGUGAGGCAGAAAUGGAGGCGCUGAGGUCGUUCAGUGUGGCUGAUGAGCUGCAAAACUAUGAGCUGAAGAUAACUUACGACAACCUGAAGAGCGAAGAAGUGCUGAAAGCAGUGCUGCCUCUGGGUCAGGAUGUGACCUCAGGGUUCAGCCGUGUGGGACACAUAGCACACAUGAACCUGAUAAGCCCCCUCCUCCCAUAUAAGAACCUUAUAGGUCAAGUUAUUAUGGAUAAAAAUCCUGGUGUCACCUGUGUGGUCAAUAAGACGAACAUAAUUGACUCAACUUACCGGACCUUCAAGAUGGAGCUCUUGGCUGGAGAGGAGAACAUGGUCACCAAAGUGAAAGAAAACGGGAUGACGUACGAGUUUGAUUUUUCUCGUGUUUACUGGAACCCUCGGCUGAGCACCGAGCACCAGCGAGUGGUGCAGCUCCUGAAACGCGGUGACGCCGUUUUUGAUGUGUUCGCCGGCGUUGGCCCUUUCGCCAUCCCAGCUGCCCGAUCAGGCGCCAAAGUUUGGGCCAACGAUCUCAACCCCGAGUCCUACAAGUGGCUGCAACACAACUGCAAACUCAACAAGGUGGAUAGCAAAGUCCAAACCUUCAACCUGGAUGGCCGAGCCUUCAUCCAAGGGCCUUUUAAACAGGGGUUGCCCUCGCUGCUGAAAGGAGGAGCAGGUAUUCAUGUGGUGAUGAACCUGCCCGCCCUGGCUCUGGAGUUUCUGGAUGCUUUCAGAGGUCUUCUGCAGCUGGACACAACCUGUGAGCACAGCCUCCCCACAGUGCACUGCUAUGCUUUCGCUAAAGAAGAGGACCAUGAGGCGGAUGUGGUGCAGAGAGCUUCUCGCAGCCUCGGAUUCCCAAUGGAGAACAAGUGCUCCGUGCAUUUUGUACGCAACGUAGCACCCAACAAAGAAAUGUGGCGUGUAGAAUUCACAAUCCCUAAAGAGGUCCUUUUCUGUUGUGAAGAAACAAAUGCAGAGUCCUCAGAGGAACCGGACCCGAAGAGACAGAAGUGUGACGAAUCCACAUGAAAAUCACAAGCCUCACUAACCAUUUUUCUUUUCCCCUUUUUAAAAAGUUUUAUUAUAAGAGGUGUCGCUUCCUCAAAUUAAAUCAUAACUCAGCUUUAGUUCAGUUCAUUAUUCUGUGUUGUACAUUAAUUUUUUUUAAUAAAUCACAAAUGAUG